UCGUUAAUGCAGAUGAAAGAAAGAAACACGGAAGAUGAUUUUGUAAUAACAUUCGUGAUCAGCGCCUUGUUUUGUUGAUUUUGUGUUCUUAUUAUUUCAUAACUGGUCACCAAGUACAUCUGGAUGGUUUUAUUUGCCACGAAGACAAGUUAAUUUGAGUAAAUAAUUUCCUUCCUUGAUGAUUUUCGGCAGCGAAUUUCUACUCGAAAACGUCAUCGUCGGGCCACCGUCACUCGUCACGUCAGGCAACUGCAGCAAUUCAACUCCCGCGUGACGCCCCGUGUUUGGAUCGGAGCUGUAUCGUUGUAGGCAGUACCAGUGCCGGUGCAUGUAGAAUAUGCGUACCAGCACGGACUGGUACAUCAUCAACAGGCAACAACAAAUUCGGAACAGUAAACAAAGCUGUUUCUUUGGACUUUGAUUCAUUUCUCAGCUCACACUCGCAGUCAAGUUUCGGCAAACAUGCUCCAUUUAACAGGUCAGCUGUUGGUUUUUCUGAUGGUGAUUCCAUUGUUCAUACAAUCUGUGCUUUCAAUCAGCUUAGCUCCUUUGGCAGCAUGUCCAGCGGACGAUCCAGAUAGACGUGAGCAGCAAGGGGAGAUAACCAGCCCUAAUUACCCUGAUGAGUACCCAAAUGGUGCCCAGUGCAAGUGGCGUAUUUAUCAUGACCCGGAUGAAGUUGUGACUAUCAGCUUUACAGUGUUUGGGGUUGAGGACACCGAUGGGGGUGACUGUUCCUCAGAUUAUCUUGUUAUUGAGGACAAGAAGCAGACUAGGAAGUACUGUGGAUAUGACCGCCCUGCUCCGUACAUCUCUGACCCAACCACCGGGAGCAAGACCAUCAUCAUCAGAUUUGAAUCGGAUCAACGCGUAACCGGGAUCGGCUUCCUGCUGAAGUAUUAUAAAAGUCAGCAGAAUUUGGAGUCGUGUCCUGAUGUAGACUCUGACUUCCUCUGUCAGAACCACAGAUGUAUACCUAGGGAGUGGGUAUGCAAUCAAAUGAACGAAUGUGGGGAUUAUAGUGACGAGGCUGUGGAUAUUUGUCAUUCAGAACCCUCACAAUCUCCUGCAACAGGAACCCCCACCUGCCCACCCCACACCAUCUACUGCCUGAAGAACGAUGGCACCACGUCACAGUGCCUUCCAGAAGACAAGAAGUGCGACGGUAACAAGGACUGCUACGGCAAUGAGGACGAAAUAGGAUGUCAGGUCACCUGUGUCCACGAGAUGCCCCCUCCGUCUGGCUCGUUCUCUUCGCCAAACUUUCCGGGCAACUACCAGAACAACCUGGAUUGCCGUUGGACGCUCAUCGUUAGCGAGGGUAACAUCAUCCAACUGCGGUUUGUGGCGUUUGACGUUGAGCAGGGCUAUCGGCGUGACUACGUGACUGUCUAUGAUGGAGGUUCCAUUUCGGCAGAUGUGAUUGGUUAUUACUACGGCUACGAGCCUUCCAGUAGUCACUACCCACCCACCGUUAUAGAGGGAAGUGGCAAUCGUCUCUAUGUCACUUUCGUAACAGAUGGAACCUCCACCAAUACAGGGUUUAAUGCAACCUACCAGAGUAAAGGUGACUGCAUUGAUGGUCAACGUAUAUGUAGUGCUACGGAUACCAACUGCUACGCUCAAAAUGAACGAUGUGACGGAAAGUUGACGUGUCUGAAAGGAGAGGAUGAGCAAGGAUGCAAUGAAUGUCCAGAAGGUGAGAUCCCAUGUUCGGAUGAGACGCCAGUCCGAUGCUACAGCAGCGCUGAAAGGUGUAAUGGUCAACCACGCUGCGCAGGUAAGGAGGAUGAGUUGGACUGUCCAGCAUCACUGUGUGGUGGAGAACAUGGUCUCUUUCUUUGUGGAUCAAAAAAGUGUAUCAAGGAGAACUGGAUAUGUGACUCCAACGUGGACUGCCCGGAUAGCACAGAUGAAAUGAAUUGUCCAAUGUCCCCCAAGGUAAUAACAGCAGCUGUUGUUGGUUCCAUAGUUUGCGGUCUCCUGCUUGUAGCUGCCCUCAGCUGUACCUGUAAACUCUACCAGCUUUACCAUAGCGACCCCCAUCCCCCUACCCACACCUCGCCCCUCAGUGAGAUCGAAGAUGAGCUCAUGAGACGAGAGGCUCCGCCCUCUUAUACUGCCAGCAUGUCCUCACCGCACUUCGACGAGGCCCAGCGAGCCUUCAUUGAGAGUCUGCAAGCCGCUGCCCAAGCCAGGACAAGUAGUAACAGAUCUGGAAGGUCAUCGAGAAGGCGGAACAACAGUCAGCCAGACAGAGGGGCUGCUCAGCAGCAAAACACACCUGGAGCCAGCUCUCCGGAUAGUGUGAACACAACUCAGGACACUAUCUCUACCACAGCCAGUACUCCUGGCAGCCCUGAUCCAGACAAUACUCCAUCAUCGGAACCAGUCGAUGAUAGUUCCUCCCCUUAUACAGAAAUCACAGAGCUGCAGCAAACACAAAACGUGGGUGGCGAUACAGCGAGCAGUUGUACAACAGAUACCGAUUCCGAUACGAACGCAGAAGCAGAGCUGGAGCAAAGAGAUCAUAAUAUCAUUAGGGCAGCGACCAAUAUACGUCGCAUGAGGUUGGCAGGAGGUAUUCAGAAUAUUGUUGAUUCUGUGACAAACCGACAGAGAGAAGGUGUAGGGGAAGACGAGACAAGGCGGCGAUCGAGUAGCGGUUUGCAGAACAUUAUCGAGCGGGUCAAUCGCACCAGGGAAAACCAGCAAAGAGGGGAGGAUGGCACCAGCGGGCCAAACUCGCCGACCGGUGUUUCUCCUCCCUUGCCUGUACCGGAUGGGACGCGUACUCCACCCAACACGCAGGAAAGCUCGGUCACCAGUGAAGACGACCAUUCCCCUGAAUGGGACAAUGAACUGAACCACCAUUCAACAUCGUCCGCGGAUGGGAAUGCGGGUGCACAGAGCGUGCCUGAUUCUGCAGAUCAAAAUAUUUCAUCGUGCGGUGCCUCAAACAAGCCUAGCUCCAACUCACUACAGCCACCUCCAUCUCCUUCACCUAGCUCAAAAAGUGACGAUGCUCCCCUUGAUCUUUCAAAUUCACAUGUUUUAAAUGAGGAGGACUCGACUCUUAUAAACGAUGAAGAGGAAAUGCUCUUGGCCAAAUGAUUUUUCUGAAUCAUCGCCCAACUUCACAGAGUACAUUUUACUUCAAGUGCUUUCAGAUGCUGCUGUUGUUCUGUAGUUCAGUAUUCAUCAAACCAUCCUCGAAACAAUCUGAAAGACACUCUUGCUCGGGAUCAUGUUGAAUUUCUCUCCAGUUUGUACAUUUCACUUUUCUAUCACUUAUAUACUUGAUGAAAUCAAACCACCAUCGUGAUAUCACUGAUCACCGAGACAAAAAAAAAUUGGCAGUGAUCUAAAAUACUUAUGGAGGUUUGCCAGAGUAAUUUGAUAUCUUUCAAAAGGAAGAAAUCUAUAUGCAUAAUUCUAAUGCAAAUUUUUAGUCGUUUUAUAAUUUUUGUUCGCAGGGAGAGCUUUUAAAAAGCCUGCAUGUGUUAUUUACUGUAGAUAAGUUGAACAGAGAGAUGCCGAAUGAUACUUUUUUGUUUUUUGUGUUUUAACAUUGUACUAUGAUUAUGGCAUCUACCAGUUCGUAGUACGUUCUUUUUGCUUUACUCUUUCUUUUUUUGGGGAGGGGUAUCAAUGGCCUUUUAUUGUGACAUUCAUAUGCAUGUCUAAACUGCUUUUGAAAAUCCUACCUGGAUUUAUAUCUUGUCCCAACGGUAGUAUGGAAACUUGAUAUGUAAACAUUCUGUCUGGUUCAAUUGUUUGGAUUCACACAUUUUAUACUGCAUUUAAUUUGGGAAAAUAUUUGAUGUCUCUCUACCCCAAUAAAUCUCCCACGAAGCACAUUGCAUGUAGUUUAUAUGGUGCUUAGUGUGUCAAUUGGCUUUAUAAUCAUUACCUCACUGUAAAUAGGACAAAAAAAUGGAAAUAAAAAUAAACCCUUUAUAGCAGUUGAGAUAUUUUCUUUGGAGCGAAUUUGUUGAAACUUGAUAAAUGAAGUACUAGUUAUCUACAUAUAUUCUCAUAUAUUUCACGUGGUCAUAAUACUUGGUGUGUUUCACAUGCAUUUUAUCAUGGCAAAUGCUGUAUUUAUAGAUUGUUUGCACAAAUAUCAUUGGCAUCUUUGCUUGUAAGCAGUGUAUUUAUCAAAUCAAAUUAAAGAAGAUUUGCUCAUUCUACACAGAAAAACUUAAAUGUAAUAAUGUUUUAUAUUAUGGACUUGUGAAGUUUAAAACUUAGGUAAGCAGAGUAUGCACUAUUUAUUCCUGAGUGAGUAUCACACCUUCAUUAUUUUCCCCUCUUAUUCUAUGAAUCUCUUCUAACAUUUAAUGAAGUAAUGAACACAAAAUAUUUUGGUUGCAGUUUGUUUACCAGAAAAUGCAGUAGUUAAAUGAGUUAAAGUGAUAAAGUUUGCCAUAUCCCAGUCAUUUGUAGAUUGUUUCAGAACAUUAUGAAAUGCUUUAUGAAACAUGCUAUCUGAUUAUACAGUUGUUCUCAAAAGUUAGUCAACCCCACAACAAAAAGCACUUUUUCAUGCUGAGUUGUGAAUGUAGACAACAUCACUACAAUGUUCGGCGAGCCCAGAGAAACAAACUUUAUUGAAUGUAAUAUUUUAUCACUUGACUUCACAAUGCUAUAUC